AUGAAGCGACUACACAACAAAGAAUCGUUGAGCCGCAAGGACCACAUUGCUUCCCCGAUGCUUAGAUGGCGGGUGCUCCCGUCAACCCAUGUUCCCGCUACGACCCAGACAAAGGGGCGCAAACGCCGAUACGAAGUAUCAAUAUUAAGCGAUCGACGGGCCAUCAUUGCGUGGGAUCUAAACGUAUACGGAACGCGUUCACUCUGGCCGGACUCUGCAGUGGAUAUGGUUCACGAGCUGUUCUCUCAGGCUCGAGUUAAUCUGGCGAGCCGCUGGGUAUAUAAGAUCGCCUGCUCUCAUCCGCUUCUUGACACCAUCCUCAACUCACCCUUCCUACUCACGACAACUCCAGACCAUUGCCAACCUAACUGUGACAAGCAAGGGGAUCUACUGCCAGGGGAAAAGGACGAGGCAGAGAAAGCAGCCAUCUUCGAGCAUGGAAAGAAGAUUCAAGUGUCGGGGGAGCCAAAGGAUGGAUACGUCAAGGUUGAGCGCUCCGACAAGGGAUACUGGUACCGCGACCUGUAUACGCCCAAAGGGGAAUCCCCAGCGGCGGGAUCCAAGGAGGAACCCCCAGCGGUGGAAUAA